UUGACCUAUUUUCCUAUAUAGUUUGUCAUUUAAGAUUUUGGUUGGAAAACCGUAAUCAUAGUUUUUAAUUUUUCUUGGAGAUCUCGAGUUGGAGGUACUUUAUUUCAUAUUAAAAAAUUCUAUCGGUCAAGAUCACACAUUUGUACAGGAAUAAAUAUAAGAUAAGACGUGUGGAGGUAAUGAUAUAUCUGGUAAUUAAUUGAAUUAACUGCAGACUGCAUGGUCAUUAGUGUUUAUAACUGAAGAACAUCCAAUGGUCUGGAGUAUUGACCAAUGGACAGUUCAGUGAGAUGGACAUAACACAGAGAGAAAACAAAAAGAAAAACAUAUUUCAAUAGAUGAUUCUUUAAUGUGAUAUGAAGCGGACUGAUACGAUUAAAGAUUCAUUGAUAGGGUGAUACCAGAUGGAAAAAUUAUGAAAAUUUGAUUUAGUGUCAUUAUAAACUGUAAUAGAAAUUUUUGAAAAGAAACAGCACUUCAAAGAAUGAAUGAAUGAACGACAAAAGGCCUACAUGGAAAGUUUAGUCAGAAAACUUGGAUUAAUUUUAUGACAAAAUUUAGACAACUGAUGUGGAAAUAAAGAUAAGGAGAACACAAGAAAAUGCAUAUUUAUGUGAAAUAAGUGAGAUUCUGAGAACUAAAUUGAAAAUGGAGAAAUUUGUUAUUACGUAUACUGUUGUGUGCUGUUUCGUUUCUCAUGUUUUAUCAUUGGAUCUAAGUUAUACCAUCCCAGAGGAAAGGAAUAUAAGUUCUUAUAUCGGUAAUGUAGCGAACGAUUCUUCCUUAAACCAAAGUUUAAAUGUUUCUGAACGGAAUAAUAUGAAAUAUACGAUAUUAGAUGGUACGUAUGCAUCUUAUUUUAAUGUUAACGAGCGGACGAGUUCUCUCUAUAUUAGUAAGAGACUAGACAGGGAAUCUCUACAGGAAUGUGAAUUCUCAACGUCAUGUGAUUUACCAAUAGAUAUAGUGGCUCAAUCUAUAAUUGGAACUUUCUUCAAGAAAAUUAAAGUCAAAAUUACAAUAACUGACAUAAACGAUCAUGAACCCAAGUUUCCAGAAAGUAGUAUGUCUUUAGAACUAUCAGAAGCGUUUGUUGUCGGGUCGUCUUCUCCAAUAGUUGGGGCUGUCGACAUGGACAGUGGGGAUAACUCUGUUCAGAAAUAUUCACUAAAACCAAAAGAUACUCCGUUUACACUAAAUUUUGUGAAAUACGUUGAUGGCAGUUCUUCUGUCAGUUUAGUUGUAAGCAAGAAAUUAGACCGAGAAACAGUCGAUGGGUACCAGUUGCAAAUAAUUGCCGAAGAUGGCGGCAAUCCUAUAUUUACAGGCACUCUCGAUUUAACCGUCAUUAUAACGGACAUUAAUGAUAAUCCACCGUCAUUUAACCAAUCGACGUAUAGCAUAAGUGUCAGAGAAGAUACAGCAGUUAGUAGUACGGUUUUCAAUGUCAAGGCCACUGACCCUGACCUUAACGAGAACGGCAUGGUUACGUACAAGCUUAGUCCUCAUCAAUCAGACAACAUCAAACAGAUAUUUGCCGUCAAUAGAUCUACUGGUAGUAUAUUUACACUAAAGCCUUUAGUAUACACUCCAGGAGAACCAUACAAAAUCAUUGUAGAAGCAAAUGAUGGCGCCACCAUUCCUCUGAUGUCACAGGCUACAAUCUUUGUUACAGUUCUUGAUUCUGGUAACGACGCUCCUGUUAUUAAUGUCAACCUACUUUCCAACACAGACAUGGCCAAAAUAUCAGAAAACGCAAGCGUCGGCGCCGCUGUUGCGCAUAUUGCUGUUUCUGAUGAUGAUACUGACAAAAAUGGUGAUGUAACCUGUUCAAUUCAACAUGAUGUUUUCAGACUAGAAAAAAUAACUGGAGAGGAAAACGAAUACAAAGUUGUAGUUUCGAAAACGUUAGAUCGUGAAAAAACUGAAAUCUACAAAGUGAUAAUAGUAUGUGAAGAUGCCGGGUCACCACCUAAAAAUAGUACAGCUGAAUUUAAUGUCAAGGUUCUGGAUGAAAAUGACCAUCGUCCAACCUUCCAAAAGUACAAGUACGAAGUCGUAAUUUCAGAAAAUGAUUUCGUUGGUGCCUCUAUAGUCCAAGUGUCGGCCCUUGACCUCGAUUUAGGGAAAAAUGCUGAGAUUGUUUACUUUAUUGAACCAUCAGCUCAUGAUUUUAGAAUUGAUGCAGAAACUGGAAAUAUUCGUGCAAAUUUUAUUUUAGAUCGUGAGAAGGUCCCAUAUAUGGAAUUUCGUGUUCUUUCAAAAGAUAAGGGUUCGCCUUCAUUGACUGGAACUGCUGUAGUAACCGUUAACCUAACAGACGUUAAUGACAACCCGCCAAAAUUUAACAAGUCUGUUUAUGUUAUGCACGCCAAAGAAAAUGAAGAACCAGGAUUGUAUGUAGGGGAGGUAAUUGCUCACGACUUUGAUAGUGGCAAAAAUGCAGUAGUUAAUUUCGUAGCCGAACCUGAAAUUGAAGCAGUUAAAGUUUUAACAGAUGGAUCAAUUUUUACAAGCCUUACACUGGACAGAGAGUCACGACCCCAUGGAUAUAGCUUCAAUGUCAUUGCAUAUGAUGGAGGCAAUCCGUCAUUGAAUUCCACAGCUCACGUGACAGUGUUUGUAGUUGAUGAAAACGACAACGAUCCGGUUAUUAAAUUCCCGACUGCGGAAAAUGGAACAGUUCAAAUGGUUUACGAAAAAUCGACAAAUUCUGUGAUCACAUACGUAGAAGCAACUGACAAUGAUACGGACAAUAACGCCGUUUUGACAUUCUCUAUACUGCAACAUGAGGUACAGAACACUUUUAAAAUUAAUUCAAAAACAGGAGAGAUAACUCUUGCAAGGGCACUAACUGCAAACGACAUGAAAUCAUUUAUUUUUACAGUCCAAGUGGAAGACGGUGGUACUCCGAAAAGAAGAGAUAAACAAAACUUAACAAUUAUUAUUUCAUCGAACAAACCAUUGGUCUUACCACGUAAAGAGGCAGAAAAAGAUAAUGCCUUGAUUGUUGUUGUCAUUGUGUGUGUAACUGUUAUUCUAUCUGGUGCUAUUAUUAUGGGAAUAUUCCUAAUUCGAAGAAUGGACAAAAAGAAGAAAAAUAAGAAAAGAAACACAGCAACUCCAAAAAAUGACAAAUUAUACGAUUCUAUUCAUAAAAAUGGUACUAUUCAUCGAGAUGACGUUGACAACGAAAAGAAAGUCAGUUUUUCAACACAUGCUACGUCCAAUGGUAUUAAAGAUAAAUCACACAUGCAGCUAUCCAAUGGUCAUCGUCAGGAAGAAGUCACCCAGACUGUUGACCGAAUGAUGGCGCCAUCUCCUUCAUCUUCAAAGUAUGGUCGGUCUGCUUAUUCUGGAAAGAGCAAAAGCCAAUCAAGUCAGUCGUUACAGAAUAUGCAAAUGAAUAGACUGCAACUUCAUCAAAGUAACCUUCAGACUUUGUCGAUUCCACAGAAUAUGGGGAGAAAGCAUGAAGAUAACCAUAGUGAAACAUCAGGAGAAACAAACGAUAGUGGAAGAGGAGGGAGUGAAAGCGACAUACAUAGUAGUGCAUUUAACCAUAGUGCCGAGUUAGAUUAUAUGAAAAACAGAUAUUCACCAGUGAAUUCACCAGGUCGGCCUUUAUUAACAAAAGAAAAUAUGAACAAACUUAUGCAUCCAAAAGAACGAUAUAGAUCUCAAAAUCAACAAUGUUUAGUUCAAAAUAAUUGCCAUAGACAGUAUACACACGGUGGCAGUAGUGGGCCGCCAUACAAAAACAAUGUGCAUUGGAAUCCUAUAAGUAACGUUUUGAACGGAAGUAUGGCAACCAUUGAUGACUAUGAUGAUGACACAACUACUUCCGGAAGUUACGUAGUGGAUGAUCAGGAGCUAGAUUUAGAUUUUAAUCCACCACAAGAUUGUGUUGUAUAACAAAUGUGUCUACUUGUAAGGUAGAUAUAAGUAUCCAGUGCCAAAUUGUCUCAAGUUAUAUCUCAGGAAAUCCUCAUAGAAGAUAUCGUGCCAUAUUAUCAUCAUGCCAUGCAGACAGGAACUACAUGACGGAAAUCCGAAUGACAUUAUUCCGAACAGAAGUUGUGCCAUAGUAUACAUUUGUAUUGCUCCUUUCAGAAAUCUACAUUUUAUGCAUGGAACUGUUGUCAGAAGCUGCAUCUGAUGUAGUUGAAUAUUCAUAGUAAAGAAAACUAUGUAAAACAUGUCAAUUAUAAAGAGUAGAGUUAUAUUGGAAAAUACGACAAGGACUUAACACCCGCUUGCAUUGACAUAAUUAUAAACCUAUGUUUCUGGUGAAACAUACAAUAAACUGAACCAAGUGCAAUUAAAUAUUUAUUUUUCAAUUUUAUAAUUCCAUAAAAUUUGUCAUCUGAAGUCUUUCAUCUUUAUUGGGUAGAACUAUUGGGACUCACAUUAGUUUGAAUAUUUGUUAAAAAAAACCAUAAAAGUGCAUCAAAUGUGAUAAAAUAUUCAUCCUUUCCCUUACUUAUCAUAUUAUCUAUUUGAUCCUGAAAAUCCUACAAUGAUAGAAUUACAAGCAAAUUUUACAGAUGUAAUACCUAACUUAUUAUUCAUGAUUCAUGUGAAAAUUGUAAAUUUUUAUUUGUUUGUCCUAAUGUAAUAAGUUUUUGAUAACAAUUAGAGAACAUUUAAAACAUAUUCAUGCUUUUUAAAGUAUUAUCAAAUCAUUCUCAGUUUAACAGAGCAUGUAUUAAAUCUUAACAUUUUUUGUUAGUUUAUGGUUCAUAAAGUUUUGAUAUUUUGUACAAGUAAACUGCAUUGUCAUGCACCUUUAUAAUUGUAAAAUAAUCUUUUAAUGGAUUGUUACUUAGACAACAAUAUUUGUUUAGACUAAAAUAACCAAGUUUAUGUGAUACUAAUAUUACUAAGGUUGUAUACAAGGUUACCGAGAACUUCUGUUUUUCGCGUAAAAUUACUUCUCUGCUCUUUCUAUUAUUUACUUACUUAUACUUUUUAAAAUUGCAACAUCAAUCAAACUAUACAUUGAUUAAAGAGAAAAAGGCAGACGGUGUUAUUCUGUUCUUUUAAGGCAUACUAAACGAAAGGGAGCCUUUCUUAUGUAUAAAAGAAGACAGCAACCCAAAGGCACAAAAUAAUCAAGACAAAUCUGCCUAAUGUAUAAAUGAAGUAUUUGUCUUGUCUUGUAUGGUCUCAAGACGAAAGCUACUUGUGCAAACACUUUAGAUGUACAUGUACAUGCAUUGCACCUUUACAUUUGAUAAUGUCUGGAAAGUCUAUACUAAAAGGGGUCAUACUAAGAACAAUUAUAUAAUAACUGAAGAUCAUUCACCGAAAAACUAAAUAAUUGUGGCUAAAAAAGUAUACUUGUUUAUAACUUAUUGGCAGAGGGACCUGUUUAAUCAUAAAUACAUACACAACACUUAAAAUACAAAUUAAUCUUUUUCACAAGCCAAAGACUUGUGUUAACAAAAAAUCUACAUUUCUUCAUGGUGCGAAAAUGUAUUAAUUGAAAAGAAAUGUUUUUUCUCCCAUAUGGUCGAAGUUACCUUUGAUGUUUGUAGUUUCUAUUAUUAAUGGUUGCCAUGGCCAAUUGGUUUCCAAUAAGGUUACAGUCAUUCCUUUCUGAAUUAUUGACAACAUUGUGAUUAGAAUUAUCCUAAAUGCCUUUUUUUAAUUAUAGUUGUUGCUUCUGAUACAAUGCAUUAAGUAGUUAAACUUAACUACAUGGCGCCUAACCCACAUUUCUUUGUUUUGAUGUUAUAAUUAUUAAAAAAAAAAAAAAAGAAGAAAAUAAUUAAAUUAAUGUUUAAUGAAGCUAGAUGAAAUAACAUUAAAAUAACUUGAUACAUGUAGUAGAUGACUUUGAGCAAAUGACUUAUUAAGCCUUUUAAUAUUUCAAACUCCCACUUCAAGUUUACAGAUUUUAAAAUUUCGCUGUUGUUAUUAACACGAAUAAUAAUUUGAAACAAAAUCAAAUUUAUUUUAAACAGGGGCUGGUACCAUUUUUAUCAUUUAAGUGCCAUUGUGUAGUUCUGAAUUAUAAAUAGGUUGCUUAAACUGUAAUAAAGACCUUUUAUCGAGACAAUACAUCAGGAUCACCUAUCGAGAAUAGAUGUUUGAAGUGACAUACUGUAAAACCUUGUGUACUCACUAACAUAUGUUUGUAAUGUCCAAGGUUUAAACCCACAAAAAAGAAGGGGAGGGGUAGUAACGCCUAUCAUCGUUAGUGGUGUUUGAACUCCAUACUUAAAUCAGUUAUUUACAGAGAUUUAAGAACCAUAAUGAGCAAUUCUGUGUUAAAAUGAACAAAUAAAUCAACGUUAACAAGGGUAUGUGUCAUGAAUCACAAUUAAUAACAUUUUGAUAAUUAUAUGCCAGUAGCUGAAAAUAUUUUCUCAAAUGAUUUUAAUUCGAAAAUAAAAUGUCAACCAUCAACCGUGCAAAAUUAAAAUAUAUUAUCCGCUAAAAGUGUGAGAUUUUUUUCUAUAUGUAGACGUUAACAUGCAUAUUUGAAUAAUUGAAAGCUAAAAAUGAAGAUGUUUUUAUUAUAUUUUGAAUAGAAGAUGUAAUAUGUAUGCACACAGAAUAACUUUUAAAGACUCCAGUUUGACAUAUAACAUACAUGAAUGUGUUUCUAUGAUUUCCAGUAUUAAUUUCUGGUCUACAUUAUAAUUUAUUUGAAAGUAUUAAAUAUUUAAGAAGAUUUUAGUAAGGUUAUAUCCAAUUUGUGUAAGACAUGUUAUUCUAUCGCAGGGUUGGCUAUCAAAUACUGUAUUUCUAAUGUCAUUCUUUGAAAUUAUUAUCAAUAAAUUAUCAAACAGACUAUAUUAUACAAACAAACACUCAUACAUUUUAAUGUCAAUCAAAACCUAUUAAAAUGUGAAAAGCGAAGACACUGUUUUAUUAUUUUUAUAUCAUUUCAUACAAGCUCAAAAAAUUACUUACUUACUUAUAAGCUCAAAGCAGAAAUCUGGACACUUUAAAGUGAGUCGGAUUCAGUAUCAAUCAGGGGGUGGACAUUUCACAAUUUCUUAUGAAGAAGAAGAUGCUAUUAAUAAGGGGAUAUAGUUUAUUAUCUUGUUUGAUUGAUUUUCAAUGUUCACCUGUUUUGCUUACUUUGAUUCAUUCUGUACAAAGUUGCAUAUUAUUAAUUUAUUACAAAACAUAUCGAUAUCAGUUUGAGCUCUUUACGUACAAUUGAAAACUCUGAUCAUUUUGUUCCGUUUCAUACAUAUUAGCAAUUGUUUCGUAUAACACUUUCCUAAUACAAGGGACCAAGUCAUGUUUUUCAUAUCGUAAACUAAUACAUUAUAUCUGUUUCAAUAUCAUUUUACUAGAAAAUAUUUCUAGAUACAUACCAGAAAAAAGCAUUUGUAGAAAUAUUGUUAGAAUCAUAGAAUAGCUCGCUAAGAAAUUCUACAAAACUAUGUUUGAGAAUAUCGAUUUAAAAACCGUCCAGGUCUGCUUUAGUAAAACAUAUCAUUGUAUACAUGUAUCAUUAAAACAACAGGAUACAUAUUAUAUCACAAAGCUUCAAUUUAUGCAUCAACAAUUAAAAUGUCUGGAUGAUAUGAAUGUAAUUCGAGCAAAAGAGAGCAUGAAUUGUUAUUUAUAUUAAAAGAUGAUUAUGUAAAUUAAUAUUAAUUUGAUUUUUACCAAAAUAAAUUGUUUUAUUUUUU